GAGAGAGGAGGAGAGGGAGAGAGGUACAGUGAGAAAGCAGUGUGUGGAGAGCGCAGCGGCAGCACUGAGUGUGGCGGCGGCAGCGGCAGUGGACAUGGAUGUGCAGAACCAGAGCAGCGAGGCCCUCUCAUGCGAGCCUGCGGCCCCUGGACGCAUCAAUAGGGCUGCCUUCAAGCUGUUUGGCCAACGCAGGGCGGGGGCAGCACUGGGCAGGAGCCGGACGCAUGAUGGGCUGGGUGAACGCGAUAAGGAAGAUGGUGGUGAGCCAGUGGGCGGGGCCAGGCGCCUGUCCCGCCCCCACGCUGCCACUGCUGCGGCCCGCCACGCCGUCACCAAGUCACUCAGCUUCUUCUCGCUACUGCGCCGGAGUGGGCGGGGGGGUGCCAGCGAGCCACGGCCCUCCCGGCAGCGUACGGGCCUGCGGGGACUGCUGGGGAGUAUGCGCUGGCCUCGGCGGCACAAGGAGGCGCAGGGAGCCCCGCGGCAAGAACACGGACCCCUGGAGCCAGCCAGGGAUGCUGUGGUGCUGAGCCUGGAGCCCCAGGCGAUGGCGCCGGAUCCUCCCAUGGAUGCAGCUCAAGACCUGAAUGGCCACCUGCCUGACAGCUUGGGGGCCGAGCCCAGCCCCUCCUCCAUUCGGACCCCACUGGCAGCCCCCACUGUGAUGGUGACCCCUCCCGGGCGCAGUGGCGGCACUGGGCAUCCCCCCUCAGAGCAUUCGGUGGACCGCCUGUGCUGCCUGUUCACUGAUGUCACAUCCCUAAAAAGCUUUGACUCGCUGACGGGCUGCGGUGACAUCAUCGCUGAUGCUGAGGAUGAGGGGGCGGACAGCCAGAGCAGCAGCGGCACGGGGAGCAGCAGCGGGGCCGGACCAGGGGGAGAAGCCCCUGCUGAGGAAGACACGUCUCCAGCCCGGGACUGCAUGCCAACAGUAGUGCCCUCUGUGAUUUCUCCACCUGUGCUCGAGGACCCCCCUACUCCGCUAAAGGCACAGGGCGGCGUGGAGGCCUAUAUGGGAGGCGGCGAAGAGAUGGCCAGCCCUGAGCAGGUCGACGAAGCCGACAUGCAAGAUCUCUGGCACAUGCUGCCCCGCCAGGGCGCCCCUCCCCCUCUAGCCAUGCAGUCCGAGAAAAAGCCCCCCCCAGUGAGAGCCCUGGGACUGAGCAAGAUACCCAUCAGUGGCAGGGUGGGGGCAUGGUCACUUCGGCAGACCACGCCCGAUGAGGGAAGGGGCAAAGAUCUGGCGGCACAAGAGGCCCCGCCCAACAGUGACGAAGGCUACUGGGACUCACCGACACCCGGCCCAGAUGAGGAUGACGAGGGCGGUGAGGAAGAGAGCGCCAGUCCCUUGCUGCGGGACAGCUGCAGUGGCGAUGCCCUCUAUGAUCUCUAUGUUGACCCCGAGCCGAGCCCAGGCCUGGGAGCUUCUGAUGAGGAGGUGACCAAGCUGAGCAAGCUGACCAAGCCCCCCCAGGUGGGCCCCUCCCCCGAGGCUGCCUCCUCCUUCCGCUCCCUGAAGGGCAGCACCAGCCUGCCCCGCGACUCCAGGAUCCCCAUCAGCGCUAAGCAGGUGGCGCCGUCUCACUCUGCCAGCCAGGGGGCGCUGCUGCCUGGCCCACCUGAUGCCCCACAGCCCAAGACUGAACUGCCCCGUACCAAGAUACCCGUGUCCAAGGUCCCAGUGCGCCGCAUCAGCAAUAAACCAACGAGCACCAGGCUCCAUGACACUCACAGGAAGUAGAGGGGCUGGAAUUAACUGCAGGAAGUGCAAAGCCUCCGUCAAAAACCACCUUUACGUAUGACAAUAUGGAUGCCUACUCUGCCUACCGAGUUUCAUGUUCUGGCAGCCUGUUAAGACCACCUUACUGCUGAUUUUUUAUAUGUCACCUCCCUAGCAUAGAAGCCUGCGGAGUACUGCAGCAAAUCAAACUAAUGCGUAGAGUGGGAUGACCCUGCACCCAUACUAUCAGGAAUACCAGCUGUAAUCCUCAAUGCCUUCUCACCAUGCUGCACUGCAACACGAGAAUGAGGGAACGAUGCAACAGUGGAGCUCUGGAACACUGGAGCUCUGGAACAACUGAGCACCGAAGCACUGGAAUAUCGAAGCUCGGUAAUAGUGAAGCACUGGAGCAUUGGAGCACCAGAAUACCGAAGCACUGGAACAUUUGAGUUCCAGAACAUCUGAGCACUGAAAUACUGCAACACCAGAGCAUGAUCUGUCUGUGGUACUGUAAACACAGCUAUAAUAGGAAAUAUGUCAAGAGAAGAAAUAUGUACAGAGACACUGAUCAGCAGAGAGGUCACCUCGUACACAGGAGGACAGUCAGAGGAUUGAGAGCGAGGAGUUAUGGGCAUCUAGAGUUUCAGAUGAAGACAUGGUGCCCCAGCUGACCCCAGAAACAGCCACCUGUUUGAGGAUCAGCAAUGACUACCCAUAAUCCUCCAGGCUCCCCUGCAGUGCUCUCUGUUUAACAUGGAGGACCCUUUUGCUGCAGUGUCCUUCAAUUGUGAUUUAUAAAACUGUCACGCCAUGUGUGGAUUGUUUUUGGUCCGACUUGCCGUGUAAAACAGUCUUCCGGCACACAUGGGACUGCGAGCUAUGUGGAGUUCUCAGCACCAGAACCAGAUCAGGGAUCGAUGUCUCUGUUUUGAGACGUUCUUUGUUUGACCAAGGCCUUUUUCUACAGCUCUCUCCUCCCUGAAACAGCCCUUUGGCUCAUAAUUUUUGUAGAAGCCGCUUGCC